CAUGUUACACGUACCUGUCAGUCUCUUGCUUCUUUUGCCAGUCAUAGCGAGUGGUCAGGACGUCGUAGGCUGCGGGGGAUUUAUUCAAUCUACAAUUAAUAUGGACUUCUCAAAGGUAGAGGUGAAGCUGUACACCAAACAAGGAACUCACAAAUACUCCACAGACUGUGCACCAAAUGGAUAUUUUCUUAUUCCAAUUUAUGACAAGGGAACGUUCGUAAUAAAGGUGGAGUCAUCCAGUGGCUGGAGCUUUAGACCCGAGAGUAUUGAAAUCACAGUUGAUGGAGUAACAGAUCCUUGCAGUUUGGGAAAAGACAUCAAUUUUGUGUUCUCUGGAGUGUCUGUGAGUGGACGGGUAGUAAGCCAAGGGCAGCUUGUUGGUCCUUCUGGUGUGUCUUUGUCUCUCAUCAUCAACGAAGAGGUGGUUGUGAAGGGAGAGACAACUGAAGGUGGACAAUAUCAUUUUCCACACAUUCUGCCGGGAACGUAUCUCUUACGGGCAUCGCAUCCUGUCUGGUUAUUUCUAUUGUCUGAAGUCAACGUCACUGUACAUACAGACAGUGUAGAGGUGGAAGGAAGCAUCAAACUGUCUGGCUACGAUGUGACCGGUAAGGUCCAGAAUGUGCACGGCACACGAGAAGGUGCUCAAUUAAUCCUGAUUUCAACCGAUCGUACAAUUAUCCCAGGAAUGACUGUUGACUGUGAAAAGCAAGAAAUAAGCACAGAUAUUUUAGAGAUCCUUUUUGUCGCUGACGGAGAGAAACCUUUAUGUGUAGCGACAUCGGAUUCAAACGGUGUGUUCAAGUUCAAAAGUCUUCCUACUGGGUUUUAUAGAUUGUAUCCUUAUUUUAAGACUGCAGUCAACUUUGAGGUGAAGCCAUCAUCACUUAAAUUCGAAGUUGGACAUGCCAGUGUUGUGUUAGAUACAGUAUUUACAGUGACUGGUUUCACUGUAUACGGACAAGUGUUAUACAGUAAAAACGGUAAGGGUAUUGCACAAGCAGAGAUUUCCGUUCUUAAAUUUGGAAAGACACUUACUGAUUCUUCUGGUUCAUUUCACUUGGAUGGAAUCACACCUGGAAUGUACACUUUUGAUGUUGUGGCACGUGAUGUUUUGUUUGAGACCACAGAAAUUGAGAUUACACCGAAAGACCUUCAUCUGCCAAGUGUCUUUCCAAAGAAAUUUAGCUUGUGUGGCAAUAUUGCCAUUAACAGUCCACUGGACAAGUCUUCACGGAUAAAUGAACGGAGUGUAUUCCUGUCAUCAACAACGGGUGUGGUGGUACAUCCAACUACAGCCUUUUGUGAUGCAGCAGGAGAUUUCUGUUUUUAUGUUCAACCGGGAGACUACAUUGUCAAGCCAGUGCUAACAGAGUUAGAAACGGAGUAUGGACUGGCUCUUGCACCAUCAGAAAUCCAAAUUAGUGUUACUGAUCAACCUGUUAAAGGUCUCAAGUUUUCUCAGUUUCAGGCUGUUUUGUCUGGUGCCGUUAAGUGUUUGAGUAAAGAGAAAUGCCACAAAAUUACUGUUUCCCUGCAUGGCAUCAAAGGAAGUAAAUCACAUACUCAAGCAUUAACAUCUUUAGAUGGAAAGUUUGUGUUUCAAAAAGUUCUGCCAGGAAAGUACGAAGUGUCCAUUGUAAAGGAUGAGUGGUGUUGGGAAAAGCAAAUAAUUGUUGUUGUUGUCUCCGAUAAAGAUGUCGAUGAUGUUCUGUUUGUUCAGUCUGGCUACAUGAUGCCAUACAUUUCGUCUCAUGCUGCUGUAAUGCAUUAUCAACAUUCUAAGGACAACAAAACAAGUGGGUUGUUUGAUCUUGCUAAGGGGAUGGGUAGACUGUGUCUCAUAAAGCCUGGCCAGUAUAUUCUGACUCUUGAGUCGUGCCAUAAAUUUGAGCAACAAAAAUAUAGUUUUGACACUCACAAGCCACUUGUUGUUCAACUAAGUGCCACGCAGCACCAGGUGUCUGGUACUAUAAUAGCUACAGAACCUGUGGAUGGUUUGAAACUUUCUGUAUCUAGAGAAGACGGAGAUGUACAACUGACAACAGUUACAACAUCUAAAGGGUCAAAAAUAAAAGGCGAGAAAGACCUUUUUGUGUAUCAUUACACAUUUCUGUCAACAGCGGGCAAAAUCAAAGUCAUACCGCAAUUCACUGAUUUUUUAUUCAAACCACCAUUUAGGAUUGUUGAUGUGAGUAUAGACGACUGCACAGAAAGAGUUCAACCGUAUCACGGCAGCAGAGGCAUCUACAUUGAGGGCAAAGUCUCUCCUCCUGUCAGCCAAGUGGCGAUUGAGUUGGUGAUUAAUGAUGAAGUGCACGUACUGAAGUCAGAUGAAAGGGGUUACUAUCGGUAUGGACCUGUAGAUUCUGAGACAAAACACACUGUCACGGCUAGCAAGGAUGGCUAUGAGAUUGUCCCGGAUGAAAAGUUUGGAGACUUCAAGGCUACAAAACUGGGAUUUAUUUCAGUUAGAAUUAGUAAUACAGACGGUCAACCACUGCCUGGGGUUUUGCUAUCUCUGACAGGUCUCCAAUAUCGCAAUAAUAGCAUCACAGGAGAGACUGGGAUCUUGACAUACACGCAUCUUCCACCUGGUCAAUACUUCAUCAAACCAUUGUUAAAGGAAUACGACUUCAGUCCUGUAUCUCAAUCGAUUAAUAUCGAAAAAGAAACCGAAUCCACUCUUGAAAUUACUGCAAAACAGGUUGCUUUCAGUUGCUUUGGAAAGGUAACUUCAUUGGGCCAAUCACCAGAGGCAAAUAUUGACGUAAAAGCACUAGGUAUGGGAGAUUGCUCAGGGCAUCACGAGGAGACUAGCACAAAUUCAGAUGGGCAUUUUAGACUUCGAGGAUUGAAACCAGGAUGUCAGUUUUCUAUCGAAGUAGAAAGAGACACAGAAGUGCAAAGGAUAGUGAGAUCAAUACCCGAGAAAGAGAUCAUCAGUGUCACGACAGAAGAUGUAUUAGACAUUAACAUUAUUGUUAUUCGUGCUACUGGAGAGUUUGGGUUAUCAGGGAAUGUGGUGACCGAUGUUGAGUAUUUACAGUCUCUGAGAGUGAACUUGUAUGAAGACGGACACCAAGACGUGCCAGUGCACACGGUAGUGCUUGGAACAAGUUCCUUCUUCUAUUUUCCAAUGCUCCCUGCUGAUGGACGGCUGUACGUGCUGGAAUUAGAGUCCCACCUAUCUACCCAUACAUACUCAUUUAGUCUACCUAGUCAAACAUUCACAACAUCGGGAUACCACGAACACAUCACUUUUGAGUUUAAGCCACAACUCAAGGGUGCAGAUGUAGAAGCAAUCAGUAAAGGACCAAUAAUUGUAGCUUUGAUAGUCACCCUAUUUGCUGGUUUCGUGUUGCUAAACCAAGCACAAUUUAGUGACUUGUUAGCUAGCCUUACAGACAGGCUGUCAGGUAAUGGAGUGUUUGAUCGUCAAAAUGAUGAACAUUUGGAGGCCCGAUCAAGGGCAACGCGAAAGAAGUAGGACCUUAUCAUAGUGAAAUUUUAUUAAACUGUGUUGCCAAUACUACAAUACAAUGUACCGGUAUCUCAAA